CUCACGCUUUCAAGAGUACAACAGCUCCAACUACGCAUUGUUUAGGUUGAACUUUGCGAUACAUUUCGUGAACUAGUUUUUCUUCACUUUAAUACAUAAAAUACCCUCAUCUGUUUAGAACCGAUCCUCUCCUCCGUUUCGGAGUUCUUGUCGCAACAAUGUCCGACUCUCAAUUAUUCGAAGACACGUUCACGAUUACAUCUAUCAAUUCUCAGAAAUAUGACCGCGUUUCGCGAAUCAGCUGCACGUCGACGGAUAACCAGACAACAUUUACGCUAGAUAUCAACACAGAAUUGUAUCCGUGCGUGGUGGGAGAAUCAGUCUCCCUGGCCCUGGCAUCCACCCUGUCUCUCGAUGGGAAGCAAGAGGAUUCAUCUGGUGCCGGACGAAGCGGAUGGAGAGAUGUCGGCGCGGGCGAACAGACACUGGCUGAUGAGUAUGACUACGUGUGCCAUGGAAAGGUUUACAGAUUUGAGGAAGGCUCGACUUCUGGUAAUAUGUCGGUCUUUGUGUCGUUCGGUGGUCUCUUGCUUUACAUGGAUGGACCAUAUAGCAAGCUCGUGCCGCUUCGAAUCGACCAUGUCUACCUUUUGCUGAAGAAAUGAGCAUGAGUAGUAGGUGGUGGCUUUCUUGUUUUGAGGAACCGAGCGGGGAAAGUGAGAGUGGAAGAGUACAGCAAUUUGCAUUAGCGCUGGCGUCAAAGGAUAACUUAAGAACGAUUAUGAAAAGGAUCUCAAGGAAAACUAUCUGCAAAAAAAAGAAAAUGAAACACGAAGAAAAU